AUUUAGCUGCAGCGAAGAAGAAAAACGCGGAAGUUACGCGUGUGACACGAACGGCGGCGGCGGAGACGACACAGCAAGACGACAUAGAUAUCAUAUAACCGAGUAAAAACAUUCAAAAUGUUGAAAAACUUGGUAAAGGAGCGACUAAUGGCGGCAGCUGAUGAAAUAUUCGGGCUGUUCGAAAGAACGAUAGCGUCGUACGAGGAAGAACUUUCUCGAAGAAGAGAAGACAACUGGCGACAACAACAACAACUGGACGCUGUUUACAAGAAUCAAAUUGUGAUACAAGUUGGAGACAUUCAGCAGCUGAUUGCUCGUCAAGAUGGACUUCCCCUUCAGCCACAGGAGGGGAGCUCCACUUUGAAGCAGCAGGAUCCACAGCCCCCCCACAUCAAAGAGGAAGAGGAGGAACCCUGGGUCACUCACCAGGGAGGAGAGCGUUUUCUAGAGCCAAAGGAUGAUCUCUGUAUGUUGCCACUGACUGCCGUCUCUGUGAAAACUGAAGACCAUGAAGACCAACCACUUGAGUGCUCACCGCUUCAUCGCAGUCCAGACAAGGAGCCUCCAAGCAGCAGCUCACUACUACACAUAACAGAAGAUGAUGGAGGUGACUGUGGAGGAUCACAAGCAAACAACCUCUUAGCUUCACUUUCAGACAGUGAUGACACAAUGUCUCCCUGUCUUGAAGACGGACAUGACGCCCAAGAACCUUUGAGCAGCGAUACAGACUACGAAGGUGAUACGAAGACUCACACUGACAACAAAAACUCUGAAUGCUCUGAAAAGAAGAAAGAAAAACCUUUUAGUUGUUCAAUGUGUGGUAAAAUAUUUUCUGAUAAGUCAAAUAUGAAAAGACACCUUAGUACACACAUAGGAGAAAAACCUUUUUGUUGUUCAGUUUGUGGUAAAAUAUUCCUUAAAAAGUCAGCGAUGGUAUACCACAUGAGAACACACACAGGAGAUAAACCUUUUGGUUGUUCCGUGUGUGAUAAAACCUUCUCUUCAAAGUCAAUUAUGUUAUCACACAGGAGAACGCACACAGGGGAAAAACCUUUUAGUUGUUCAAUAUGCUGUAAAACAUUCACUCAAAAGCCACACAUGGUAUCACACAUGAGAACACACACAGGUGAAAAACCUUUCAGAUGUUCAGUGUGUGAUAAAGCUUUCUCUCUGAAGUCAAAUGUGGUAACACACAUGAGAACACACACUGGAGAAAAACCUUUUAGUUGUUUGGUGUGCGGUGAAAGAUUUUCUCAAAAGACACAUAUGGUAUCACACAUGAGAGCACAAAAAGGACAACAACCUUUUAGUUGUAUAGUGUGUGGUAAAUUAUUCUGUCAAAGGUCAAAUCGUGUGGCAAAACACAUGGAAACGCACACUGCAGAAAAAAACAAUUAAAUUGGUCAGUGUGUGGUGAAAGAUUCACAAUAAAGUAAAAUAAAGUGAAACGAAGAAAACCACACAAAUGUAAAACAUGUUCUUGACAGCACACAUGCGCACAAAAAUUGAGAAAAACGUUAUAGUUGCCCAACCUGCACUAGUCUGUAGUAUUUGCAGUUUAGAUGGCAAUAGUGAGGAAUUGCCUAAAGAUAUGGAAAAUGGCCAACACGUUUAUCUGAAGGAAGGAGUGGGGAGAACAAGCGAAGAGAAAUAUAAAUGAUAAACCAAGCAGUGAAGAUGCCAUUUGUGAAAAAUGCAAAGUUAUCAUUACACUCACCUGGCUAAAACAAUCGAAAAGGAAUUAAGGGAAAUCAAAUAUGCAAAACGGCUAAAUGACCGAAGCUUUCUAAUUUUAGAAUCAUCAGUAAUUUCAGUUUUAUUUUGGACCACAAUAAAACAAGACUCCAGCACCUGCGACACCAAGAGGGACAAGCGGUAGAAAAUGGAUGGAUGGAUAAAACAACCACACGUGCAAUUAAAUAGUUGAACAUGUCCAAAAGAAGUAGUAAAAAGCUAAGAUAAUUUGAUCUUCACCCUGGUGAGGAUAAAUAUCCGAUAAUCAUAUCGAAAUACCUUUUAAACACCAUAUGCUGAAAUGGAUUCUUAAAGGAGUCAUAUUUUGCAAAACCCAAUUUUCUUUCCCGUUGGCAUCAGUUUUUGUGUAUUUGUGAUCCCAAUAACACCCUAAAUGUUCAAAUCAAACCAUGGAGCCACUGUGACAAUACGUUGUAAAUAAUGUUGCCUUUUUCCAAAAGAGUUGUUUGAGAUUUGCCGACAAUUGUGAUGUAGGUUGCCAUUGUUACAAGGUUUUCUGUUAUUUUUAUUUCGCUAGCAGUGUUCGUAGUUGUCAGAAUAAUUGUAUCGAAGUUAUCACAAAACUUUGCGUUUCAAUGAGUUCCCGGCAAGAGGACAAAAGCUAUCUUUGAUUUUACCAAGCAGAAGUCUUGUAAAACUCAACUGUGUAGGAUGGGAAGCGACAUGAAGGCGUUGGUUUCUUUGAUCUAUUGUAAUCCACAGGAAUAUUUUGUCUUGACCUGAGAACUACAAAUCGGAGAGGAAGCAGGACCUGACGCAAGCUCCAGGCAUCUUUUCUUUGAACUGUUUUGUGACCGAGGGCGACGGCUGUUUACGACCCCCCCUUCCUUUAGAAACAGCUGUUGCCAUGUAAUCAGGGAAAGUCCAGAUAAAAGAGGAUGUGUGAAACCUUUCGUCAGAGCGUGGUGGGAGACUGUACUAAGAGUACAGCCCAGACGUUUCUCCUCAAUGAGCUAAAUUGAAUUAUGUGUCUGUUUAAUUCCUUGCUUCUUGUCUGUUUAAUAGAUGUCAUCAGUGUUUGAACCUGACAGUAGUCCUAACAAAAAAUAACGCCCACAGUGUCAACAGACAACCUCAAAUGAUCUGUUAUUGGUUUUAAUACCCGGCCUCAUCUCAUGAUGUACGAGGUGUCUGGUUAACUUUUUAUUGUGGCAAUAUACCUCCAGUACAACUGCGUGGAAGGCUAUUUUGUGUGCAAACCACUUUGAAGAUACCUUACCAAACUCAGACAAUAA